AUGAACGUGAAGUUCGUUCGAGUGGUGCCAGCCGCAGAAGAACCUGCGCUUGCAGCGGAAGCGCCAGCGGAUAUCGUGCAGUUCUCGACGGCGAUCUACUAUGUGGAGGAAGACGAAGGCGUCCUGCCUGUGGACAUCAUGCGCUUAGGAUCCAUGCAAGGAAUCGUGAAGGUGCAGUACUCGACCGAAGACGGUUCAGCCCGAGCAGGGAAACAAUACAAAGCGCAGAAAGGUGAAGUGAUCUUUGAAGAUCAAGAGUUUCGAAGGUCCAUCGAGAUUGAGACCAUCGCCAGCCCCUACUGGGCACCCACCCUGGAGUUCAAACUGCACCUAUCAGAGCCGAAAAACUGCACCUUAGGCACUUACCUCCACAGCUGUCGGGUGAAAGUCAUCGAUGGAGACACCUUUCCUUCCAGCAGGUACCAGGAUCUCCUCUCGCAAGGAGAAAAAGGUGUGAGGCAAAUCCGUUCCGUGGGCCUCUUCUGGCAGUUCUGGAAGCUGUGUUUCUUCCAGGUGCCAGGUAUCGCCUGGCGCACACUGCUUACCAUGCUGCUGGAUCAGAUCAGGAAUGGAUAUCGCUUCUUCGUGCUGCUGCUGAACAUCUACUUGGUAGACGUUUUGUUCAACACAAAGGAUCCCAAAACGGAGGAGCAGCUGCUGACCCCCAGCCGGAGUGAUACCGCCAUGAUCGUUGGUGCUGCCCUGGUGGUGCCGAUGGUCUUCGUCCACUUGGCCGAGUUCAUCAAGGUCCGGAUGGAUCUCACCGGGCAUCUGCGACUCUUUCUGCAGAGCAGUUUGUUCCGAAAGUACCUCAACUACAGCGAUGAGUCAAGGUCCUCAGUGCCUCCGUCGGAGAUGCAGACGGGAAUCACACGAGAAUCGCUGGAAGCGGCAGAUUCCUACCGGCGCUUGCUGGAUUUGAUCGCCAUUUUCGCCGAGCUAGCCGUCUUCACGUACUUCACCAUCCUCGAAAACCCCUCUGCGGUCUAUUUCGUUUUGGCGAUGCCUUCCACAAUGCUCCUGUACUUCCUACUGACGCUGUGCAGACCCGAGAUGGAUCAAUGGAAGGAGGCGGAGAUGUCCGUGUUGCGGCUGGUGAGCGAAGUUUGCCACUGCUACCGCCUGAUUGCGGACUACUUUCAGAGACCGCAGAUGAACGAGGCCUUUCAACGCAGUGCCAGUGAAAUGAGAAGGAAUUUAGUGCCGGAAAAUGUGGCGCAUUUGAAUGACGACUUUUUUCCCAAGUGGCUGGGCCCCAUCUUUAUGGGCUUGUACAUAGCACUGGAUGCCAGCGACGUGGCUGAAAUCGCCAGGAAGCCGCAGAAGUUGGAGCUACUUGUAGCUACCAGAUAUAAGGCCCAUCUUUUAGGACUAGACUAUGUCAUUUUUUCAUAUUUUUCCCACUCAUUGAUCAAUGGGCUGAAUGACUUGGUAAUUUGUUGGUCUCCACCCCUGCACGAAGCACCCAUGAUUGGUAGCCAAGCAAUGGGCCGUUUGUGGUGA